GCAUUUCACAGUAGGUCAUCAGCUGAUCAAGAGUAGCUCCUCUGUGAUCUUAAAGUGCAGUUAGACUGGAUUUUUGAAUAAUAAUUUUAGAUAAGAUUUACUGCAGGAGAUGCAAGAGAUAGCAUGAAAAAUGCUGCAAUAACUAGCAGGGCUAAAUUGUACAGCCUCUUAUGAAAAUCUUGUUAUUCCCUUUUUUAAAGAGUCGUAAAGAAAACCACUUCUGCUUUCCUUAGAAAGCAAAGAUUAGAUUAUCUGGAACCUUUUUCACGUCAUGUCUUGCCACAUCAGAUAUACUUUAGCAGACUCUGGUAAAGAAAACACACUCAGUUUGUGGUCCUCCAGCUUUCAAAGAUUUCCCACUGAAGAAUGGAAGAUUUCUACAAUAACAACACCUCACAGAACACAAGCAACAUCAACUUCCCCUACAGCAACAUCACAGAGAGCUACGGCUAUAAUAACAACAGCAAUGAAUUCUCUCCUGACGAAAGUUCUCUUUUCAUCAUAUAUGUGGUGACAUGUAUUAUCAUUGGUAUCGGCCUUCCUUUGACCCUUGUAGCCAUCUAUGGUGUUUAUUCUCUGGUGAGAAACGAUCAUGUUGCUCCGAUCUACAUCAUCAACCUCCUCAUUUCUGACCUCAUUCAGUUCUGCUGCAUGAUCGCUCUAGUGACAGAACUUGAGGAUUGGAAAAUCAGAGAAAUCUUCAUUUUUCUGUACUAUUUUGGUCUGUUGGCCAGUGUUGGCUUCAUGGUGUGUGUCGCCCUGGAAAGGUAUUUGGUCAUUGCCUGGCCUCUGUGGUACCGCUUCAGACGAAAUAUCAAGGUCUCUAUAGUGGUCUGUGUUGUGGUCUGGGCUCUGCCUCUUGCAUUUCUCCUCCCUUUAUAUUUCGAAGUUGAUUUUGACAUUUUAAUCAUCGCCGCUGUCUACCUCCUUACUCCCCUGCCCUUGUUCAUAUUCUCCCUGGUUGGGACCCUUAAAGCUCUGUCAGCCAGCCGAGUCUCCUCUGAUGAAAAACGACGAAUUGUAGCAGUUUUGGUUGUGGUGCUACUUACUUACAUGCUGCUGUUCCUGCCCACCACCAUUUGGUGCCUUGAUAAAAAAGUUAGAUAUAAUGAUACUUUAAUUGAUCUGUCUUUCACUUUAAUACAGUUCAGUCCUCUUGCAGACUUGUUUCUGUAUGUUUUCAUUAGGAAAGGAGCUGUAGACAAGAUUUUGGCCUCUCUGUGUUGUUGCAGAAUGGAGAGCAAUGAUAUCAGCAGAUCAACAGUGACUGAAUGAUGACAAUAUAUACACAGUCACUCCAUGUAGGCAGAGGAAGAAAGAAAACAGAAGAAGAGAUGAAGGCAAAUAGACACAUAAUUUAAAAAAAACAAUAAAAAUGAUUCAAUUUAAUGCUUAAUGGAAUAAAACAGGCUUAAACCCAGCCGCUUAAAACAAAAAUAAAUAAAUAAAAAAAUGACCAAUCGCAUUACUAAAAUGCAAUAAACCAGAUAACAAAGAAUGACUUUAAAAUGGCUGAACUCACCAUUUAAAAGGUUCAAGUACAAUAAAACGGAAAGAACAGCCUGGGCGGAGGAAGAGGAGCAGCGGCGCGCACAUAUAAGACAGUUGAACAGGAAACUGAGGGAGGAGCAUGAGGAUUGCGCCGAGUGAAACCGGGCAGCGAGGCAGGAAGUAAGGUCUGAGAGAGGAACGGACGACUGUCAGGGCAGACAUUCCAGAUGGGAGGCUGAUAUUGGAUUCAAUGACUGCUAAAAGAACUGAGUGAAGGAAUGUUUGAAUUGUACCUGUGUGUGUGUGCGUGCGCUCUACCCCUUGCUUGUUCCCUGUGCGUUAGUCUGCACCUGAGGUUCCCUCUCUCCUCAAUGGCACAGCAGCGAGGAAGGGCAGCUCCUCACGUGGAGACCAUACUUGGAGGCCAUACUGUUUACCUCCAGUUCUUCCUCCCAGGACAAAUAGUAGGACAGUGUUACCAAAAAGCUUAUAUGAACAAUGGCAUGGACGCUUUUAAAGGACAGUUGUCAGUGUUUGUUUAAUUUUUCCUGGACGGCUGUUGUUUGUUCCCUGCCCCCCUGCUCACCUGUGGCAACUCCUUGGUUUUACAGAUUUUAAAGGAACCAAGCUUUAAAAAAUAUACCCCACCUUGACAUAAUCACUUAAAGAGCUGACUGCAUAUGGAUGUAACAAGAUCUGUUAAUCUGUCAAUCACCCUUCAUAGCAACACAUCCUCAUCAUGUUAAUAAAGAAUGUGUCCUAUCAGUCAACCAUGCUCAUGUCACUGUCCAUGUACAUGUACAUGAAAUCAAUAGAUUACAUUUUGUCAUCUAUCACAUUUCUCACUGAUGUGAAAGCAGGUUGUAUCAGAUUAACCUACACGAUGGAAAGUGAAGCUAAAGAUGUACCCAGUGCUUUAAAAUGUGACCAUGUAGUUUAUUGUCUUUAUUGAAACAAUGUGAGUUUGUUUUGCCACUCUGUUGCUUUUGUUAUAUUUCUCAUAUUGUGACAGUGUCAGCGUUCUGUAUAAAUAAACCAGAUUUUGUUUCA